GUUUUGGGAACUGCGUACACCUGCGGUCAGUACGGCCUCGUGCAAUCCGAUAAGAAAGCUGCGAAAAUUUGGAAGCGCGCCGUGGAGCUCGGAGACGUGGACGCGAUGGUAUUUCUUGGGGAAUUGUACAAGUAUGGGGAAGGCGUCAAGCUGGACAAGAAGAAGGCGGAAAGGCUGUUUCGCACGGCCGCAGAUCGCGGCGACGCGGACGCGCAAAACAAUAUAGGGGCUUUCCUUCAUUCUGAGGAGAAAUUUGAAGAGGCGGUCCGGUACUACGCGCUCGCGGCGGAUCAAGGCUAUACCGAUGCGGAGCACAACCUUGGCUGCUGUUACGGGACCGGAGCAGGCACGGAAGUCGACCUCGGCAAAGCCAGAUUCUGGUUCGAGCGCGCCGCUGCCAAGGGCUACGAGGAUGCUAUAGAGAACCUCGCGCGCCUCGACGCGCGAAAAGCGGCGAAGAUUUACCGGCGCGCAGCGGAGCUCGGCGACGUGGACGCGAUGGUAUUCCUUGGGGAAAUGUACCGCGAGGGGUUGGGCGUCAAGCUGGACAAGAAGAAGGCGAUGAAACUGUAUCGCACGGCCGCAGAUCGGGGCGACGCGGUCGCGCAAAGCAAUUUAGGGGACUUCCUUCGUCGUGAGAAGAAACUUGAAGAAGCGUUCCGGUACUACGCGCUCGCGGCGGAUCAAGGCUAUACCGAGGCGGAGAAUAACCUUGGCUGCUCUUACAUGGAAGGAGACGGCACGGAAGUCGACCCCGGCAAAGCCAGAUACUGGUUCGAGCGCGCCGCUGCCAAGGGCGACGAGACAGCCACAGGGAACCUCGCACGCCUCGACCCGCAAGUAUAG